AUGGGCCAGCGGAGAGGUGAGCGGCUCCGGCACGGCCCCGGGCACCACACCCACAAGCGGCAGGGCCAGGGCCUCGGACGGCUAAGGGCCGAAUACAAGACCACGGCACGGAACAUGAGUGGACGGACGCCGCCAAACAGACCGCUCCCGCCGACCCCGCCGCGGUCGCCGUCGCCGUCGCACGUGUCCGCGGUGGGCGAGCAAGCAUACGCCGCCGAGGCUGCGGCUGGCAAGGAGCUGGUGGAGGAUGCAGUGAUUGCGGAGGGAGUGGGAGCUGGAGAUGCUGUUGGGAUGGGCAAAGGCGCUGAUGCUGAUGCUGAUGCUGCAGGGGUCAAGGGCGCGGUCACUGAACCCGGGGUCGGGGAGGAGGCUGUCGCCAGGGCUGGGGACAGCGCAGGCGAUGUGGAGGACGUGGCAUGGGCGUUUGCUCGGCUGCGGGUGUCGUUGGCAGAGCUGAGCGCCGAGGCCGCGAGUGCACGGACGGUGGCGGCAGCAGCGGUGGCGGCGCUAGAGGACGCGUAUCAAGGCGGAGUCCGGCGCGGCUCGGACGCGCUCCAUGCGCUGCGGGAGGCCAAGUGUGCGCUAGGCGAUGGCACUGGGCACGAUGUCGUUGAGGCCGCCACCGCUCCGCUCGUCGGAGCGCUAGAUGCUUGGGCCAUGGAUGUGGCUGGGCUUGCACCCGAGCUGGCGCGGGCCCGAAGCACGCUAGUGCCGCCGGAUGUUGGCGGACGAGGCUCGGUCGAAGAGAUGAUGGACCUGCUAUCACGGCUGGAGGCUGUUGUUACUCGUGCGGUGCGGAGUGAGGCGCUGCGGACGCGGCCGGCUGGGCCGCGGGUGGUAGCACGCUCGCGGGCAGCAAGCAGUCCGCUGGCAGCACCGGGUGCUCACGUCCGCAACCCGCAAACGCUGACGGCGUCGCCUGCCACAGAAGGCUCGGGAAGCGACGACAGCGCUGUGGCUCGCGGAAACGAAGACUUUGACUUUGUGGUAGGUGACGACAUGUACAUCUCCGAGUACGGGUUCGAGAUCGGGGAAGAUGAGUACACGUACAUGCUGCGGUACCACGAGACCAAGGUGGUCAAGCAGCGGAAGCGGUGGGCCAAGUAUCUCGCUUCGCUUCCCGACCCAACGGUAGUCUCACUGGAGACGGCGCCCAACGCCAAAACCUUCAAGAAACUUGUCCGCGGCGGCAUUCCGUCGCUGCUCCGCGGAAGGAUGUGGUUGGCCAUGUCGGGCGCUGGCGCCAAGCUUGCAGAUAACCCGGGCAUGUACGCGCGCAUCCUUGAGCUGACCCAGGGCCAGACUUCAGGGCAUACCAUCCAGAUUGAGCUCGACGUCCGCCGGACCUUUCCAGACUCGGUCAUCUUCAACCGGGCGACGGAACUUGAUGCGCUGCGGCGAGUCCUGGUUGCCUUCUCUUGGCUCAACCCGCGGGUUGGGUACUGCCAGUCGCUCAACUUUAUCACUGCCCUUCUUCUCCUGCACAUGGACGAGGAGCAAGCGUUCUGGACGCUGGUCACCAUCGUCGACGUUUUACUCCCCGACUACCACACGCCGGACAUGCUCCAGUUCCAGAUCGACCAGCGGGUUCUCCUCACGCUCGUCGCCGAAAAGCUUCCGCGCUUCCAUGCCCACCUCAUCGCGCUCAGCAUCGACAUGACGCCGAUGUUUGCACAGUGGCUCCUCUGCCUCUACAUUAACGUGCUACCGAUGGAGACCACGCUCCGGAUCUGGGACUGCUUCUUCUGCGAGGGGCCCAAGAUCAUGUUCCGCGCCGGCCUUGCCAUCUGCAAGCUUCUCUCGCGCGAGUUUCUUGCCAUCACCGACUUUGUUGAUGGCUACACCAUGCUGUCUAAGCGCCCGCGCUCGCUCCUGUACGACUGCGACGAUGUGUGCCGGACUAUGUUUGCCAAGUCGUGGCUCAAGGGCAUGCCCAUGGCCCGGAUCGACGAGUUGCGUGUGUUCUUCAAGGCCGAGGUCACCGAAGAAAUUGCCCGCUCGUCGGAGCGCGGAGCCCAGCUGACGGCCCAGCGCCGCAACAACCGCCCGCCGGAUCCCGCCCCGCCGUCGGGCCCGGAACUCACCCGCAAGUCGCAUGACGACGCUCGCGCUGCUGGCGCGCGGGCACUUGAAAGCAUCGACUCGGCUGGGUUUUCAGAGGACUUUGAAGAGUACGACGAGUACGAUGACGACGACGACGACGAUGACGACGACGACGACGAUGACGACGACCUCCACAAGCACCCACAAUGA